GAGAGGCAGUCGUAUCUCUCGACUCUGCCCCCCUUUUCCUUUCAAACACUUCAGGGAAGGGCUGGGGGGGCGGCGGCGGCGAGCGAGCGAGCGAGGGAAGGGUUUUAUUUCUAGCAGAGCAAGUCUCCGAACUGAGGCGACACAGACGCUCUCGAAAGCGUGCAGGGAGCCUCUCCACGUGCGCACCAAAAGAGAGAGCCGCUGGUUUUGAGCGCGCAGCUCAGCUGCUUGGGGGGAAAGGCCACAGUAAAAGGGGGGGAAGUGUGUCAGGGACGUCAGGUUGGAACUAAGGGGGAGGUAACAAGAGGACUCCUUGCCGUUAGGCGGGUGGGUGCUCCGAGGGAUGUGGCCCCUCCUAGGUGUGUACUUGUGGGGCGGCGUGUCCCUGGUGUGGGGCUGGACGCCUUUGCAGCCCAUCAGCUUUUAUCGCCCCCUGAAUUUGAGCUCCUUAGCGGCGGUGGCGUCGUCUUCUUCCGGACCCGCCGUCGGGGCGGCGCUGCAGUCGCCGGGGUCGGCGACGGAGAGCAAAGUGGAUAAACUCGGGCGGGUUUUCAAGCGGCAGGUGAGGAGGCUGCGGGACAAGAGCGGGCGCCUGGAGCUGGUCUUCCUGGUGGACGAGUCGUCGAGCGUGGGCCAGGCCAACUUCCUCAGCGAGCUGCGCUUCGUCAAGAAGCUGCUCUCCGACUUCCCGGUGGUGCCCACGGCCACGCGCGUCACCAUUGUCACCUUCUCGUCCAAGAACAACGUGGUGCCCCGCGUGGACUACAUCUCCCCUCCGGCCCGGCCGCAGCAACAGCAGCACAAGUGCGCCCUGCUCAGCCGUGAGAUCCCGGCCAUCGGCUACCGAGGGGGCGGCACCUACACCAAGGGCGCUUUCCAGCAGGCGGCGGAAAUACUACUUCAUUCCCGUGCAAAUGCUUCCAAGGUGAUAUUCCUUAUUACGGAUGGAUAUUCCAAUGGAGGAGAUCCCAGGCCCAUUGCAGCAUCUUUGCGUGAAUUCGGUGUAGAGAUCUUCACAUUUGGGAUCUGGCAAGGCAACAUCCGAGAGCUGAAUGACAUGGCUUCUCACCCAAAGGAGGAACAUUGCUACUUGCUUCACAGUUUUGCAGAGUUUGAGGCUUUAGCUCGCAGAGCCCUCCAUGAAGAUUUGCCUUCUGGUAGUUACAUUCAAGAAGACAUAUCUUACUGCUCUUAUCUUUGCGAUGGGAGUGAAAAUUGCUGUGAUGUCAUGGCAAGCUGCAAAUGUGGUACCCACACGGGGCAGUUUGAGUGCAUCUGUGAAAAAGGAUACUAUGGUAAAGGGCUGCAGCAUGAAUGUACAGCCUGCCCAUCAGGGACCUACAAGCCUGAAGGUUCUCCAGGUGGAAUAAGCACCUGCAUCUCAUGUCCUGAUGAGAAUCACACCUCUCUACCAGGAAGUACGUCUGUCGAAGACUGUGUAUGCAAGGAAGGAUAUCGCUCUAGGAGCCAGACUUGUGAAGUGGUUCACUGCCCUCAACUGUACCCUCCUGAAAAUGGCUAUUUUAUUCAGAAUGUCUGCAACAAUUAUUUUGAUGCUGCAUGUGGAAUCCGAUGUAAAACAGGAUUUGACCUCGUGGGAAGCAGCAUACGUCUUUGCCAGGAAAAUGGCUUAUGGUCUGGUUCAGAAACAACAUGCAGAGUUCGCACAUGCCCCAAACUCUUGACCCCUCAGAAUGGACAUGUUAACUGCUCACUAAAUGAGAUCUCAUAUAAGACUGUGUGCUUGGUGACAUGCAAUGAGGGCUAUGAAGUGGAAGGUAACUCCAAGCUCACCUGUCAAGGCAACUCACAGUGGGAUGGGAAAGAACCAAAGUGUGUGGAACUGCAUUGCCCUGUCUUCCAGAAACCAAAAGAUGUGACCGUUCAUCCACGUGUCUGUGGCCUUGAGCCAUCCAAGUAUGGAACUGUGUGCAGGUUCAGUUGUCCCAAUGGAUUCCUUUUGUCUGGGAUUAGAGAAGAGCUAAGGUGUUUAACCACUGGGAGGUGGAGUGAAAAUGUCCAGAGGGCUUUCUGUAAAGACAUUGAAGCACCCAAAAUUAGCUGCCCUGAUGACAUUGAAACUUCUACCCUUGAACAUCAAAACUCUGCAAAUAUUAGCUGGCACGUUCCAGAUACAGAUGAUAAUUCUAGAGAUGAGGUUUCAAUCCAUGUUACUCCAGCUUUUAUACCACCUUACCUUUUUCCAGUUGGAGAAGUUGACAUCACAUAUACGGCAACUGACAGAACUGGCAACCAAGCAAGCUGCACUUUCAGCAUCAAAGUUAUUGACAAUGAACCCCCGGUAAUUGAUAAAUGCAGAUCACCACUGCCAGUUCAGGGAGCUGAGAAGGAGUACAGAAUAACGUGGGAUGAACCACAGUUUUCUGAUAACUCAGGAGCAGCCAUAAAAAUAACUAAAAGUCACUCAUCUGGAGAUCUCUUUCCCAAAGGAGAAACAGUGGUUCAGUAUACAGCCACCGACUCAUCUGGAAAUAACAGGACCUGUGAGCUCCACAUAGUCAUCAGAGGCUCUCCUUGUGAAAUUCCCUUCACCCCAGUAAAUGGGGAUUUUGUAUGCACAGAAGAUGAAAGAGGUGUUAACUGCACGUUACGCUGCAUGGAUGGCUAUGACUUCACAUCAGGUUCCAGUGAAAACUAUUAUUGUUCCUAUGAAGAUGGUAUCUGGAAUCCGCCUUAUUCUACUGAGUGGCCAGACUGUUCUUUGAAUCGCUUGGCAAAUCAUGGUUUCAAAUCUUUUGAGAUGCUGUACAAAGCAACACGAUGUGAUGACAGCAACCUUCUUAAAAAUUUUGUGGAGGCUUUUCAGAGUGCACUUGGUAAAAUGGUUCCGUCGUUUUGCAGUGAUGUUGAAGACAUUGACUGCAGACUGGAGGAUUUGCCACAGAAACAUUGCUUAGAAUAUAAUUAUGACUAUGAAAAUGGCUUUGCAAUUGGUCCUGGUGGCUGGGGUGCAGCAAAUCGGCUAGAUUAUUCAUAUGACGACUUCCUAGAAGCAGUUCCUGAAGAAGAACAAUUUAAACCACUGUCUGGUUCUGUGGCACACUCUCGGGUUAAAAGACACAAAAAAAUGAAUGUGCCUACAUCAGAUCACAAAAUAAAGUUAAUUUUUAAUAUCACUGCUAGUGUACCAUUGCCUGAUGAACGAAAUGAUACAUUGGAAUCAGAAAACCAACAACGCCUUCUAAAAACACUUGAGACUAUCACAAACAGGCUGAAAAGGACUCUCAAUAAGGAUCCAAUGUAUUCUUUUCAGUUUUCUUCUGAACUGCUUGUGGCGGACACCAACUCGCUGGAAGCCAAAAAGUCCUUCCUCUUUUGCAGGCCAGGCUCGGUUUUAAGAGGCCGGAUGUGUGUUAACUGCCCGCUGGGAACUUAUUACUCUCUGGAACACCAUGCAUGUGAGAGUUGCUGGAUUGGAUCUUACCAAGAUGAGGAAGGGCAGCUAGAAUGUAAGAAUUGCCCAUCUGCUAGCUACACUGAAUAUCUCCAUGCGAGAAGUGCAUCAGAAUGUAAAGCUCAGUGCAAACCAGGAACCUAUUCUCCGAAUGGCCUUGAGAUCUGUGAAUCAUGUGCUCUUGGCAAAUAUCAGCCUAUAGCUGGAUCUAAGCACUGUAUUUCUUGCCCAGAAAACAUGUCAACGGUCAAAAGAGGAGCCAUGGAGAUAUCAGCAUGUGGAGUACCUUGUCCAUCUGGAGAAUUCUCUCGUUCUGGUUUAAUGCCCUGCCACCCCUGCCCCAGGGACUAUUAUCAGCCUGACCCAGGAAAGUCCUACUGCCUGUCCUGUCCAUUUUAUGGGACUACUACAGUGACUGGUGCCAGGUCUAUAAUGGACUGUUCAAGUUUUGGCUCUACUUUCUCUGCAGCAGAAGAGAGUGUAGCACUGCCAGUCUCUCCGGAAAAUAUCAGGAACAAAUACCAAAUCAGCAGCCAGGUAUUCCAUGAGUGUUUCCUGGAACCAUGUAAAAAUGGAACUUGCAAGCAAGUUCGUAGUGGGUAUAUUUGCAUAUGCUUCCCUGGAUAUGAAGGCUUAAAAUGUGAAACAGAUAUUGAUGAGUGCAAGUCAUCCCCCUGUUUCAACAAAGGGAUUUGCAAGGAUGGCAAUGCAACAUUCAUUUGCCAGUGCCAGCCAGGCUACACAGGCUUACAGUGUGAAGAAAAUAUAAAUGAAUGCAGUUCAAAUCCAUGCCUGAAUGAAGCCGUUUGCAUUGAUGGGAUCAAUUCUUACCAGUGUUCAUGUGCAGAAGGGUUCACAGGUACUCAUUGUGAAGCAGAGAUAAAUGAAUGUCUUUCAAACCCCUGUUUAAACAAAGCUACCUGUGAAGAUCGGAUUGGAGGUUUCCACUGCGAGUGCCCUUCUGGGUUUAUUGGUGCCCUUUGUGAAAAAAACAUUAAUGAAUGUCUCAGUAGACCUUGUAAAAAUGGAGCCACAUGCAAAGAUGGUAUCAAUAGCUAUAGAUGUCACUGUGUCACAGGAUACACGGGGCCACAGUGUGAAGUGAACAUCAAUGAGUGUGAAUCCAAUCCAUGUGCAAACCAAGCAACCUGUUUGGAUGCCUUGAACUCGUACGUUUGUAAAUGUCCCCCUGGCUUUACAGGCAGCAGGUGUGAAACAGAACAGUCUUCCAGAUUUAACCUGGAUUUUGAAGUAUCUGGGAUCUAUGGCUAUGUUAUGCUGGACAGUGUCCUUCCCUCGCUAAGCGAAAUCACCUGUGCAUUCUGGAUGAAAUCCACAGAUACAACUAAUUAUGGGACUCCAAUUUCUUAUGCAGUAGAAAAUGGAAGUGACAAUGCAUUUCUGCUUACAGAUUACAAUGGAUGGGUUCUUUAUGUCAAUGGGAAGGAGAGUAUUACGGAUUGCCCAUCUGUGAAUGAUGGCAAUUGGCAUCAUAUUGCUGUCACCUGGACAAGCAUUGAUGGAGCCUGGAGAGUGUACAUUGAUGGAAAGUUAUCUGAUGGAGGCAGUGGCUUAUCUAUAGGAUCAGAAAUCCCCGGUGGCGGUGCAUUAGUGCUUGGACAGGAGCAAGACCAAAGAGGAGAAGGAUUUAAUCCAGCUGAGUCUUUUGUUGGCUCAAUUAGCCAACUCAACAUUUGGGGUUAUGUUCUGUCCCAGGAACAGGUGAAAUCCUUGGCUACUUCUUGUCCGGAUGACCUCCAAAAGGGCAAUGUAUUGGCCUGGCCAGAUUUCCUUCCUGGGGUUGUUGGAAGAGUGAAGAUAGAUUCCAAGAGCAUAUUCUGUGCUGAUUGCCAACCUUUAGAAGGCUCCAUACUGCACCUGAGAACUUCGUCAACUGCUUUAAAGCCAGGAUCAAACGUUUCCCUCUUUUGUGACCCAGGUUUCCACAUAGAAGGGAAUUCUGUCCAGCAAUGUCUAAAUUUAGGACAGUGGACACAACCUCUUCCACAUUGUGAAAGGAUUAGUUGUGGAGAGCCUCAACUGUUAGAAAAUGGAUUCUACUCUGCUGAGGACUUCUUUGCUGGAAGCACCAUCACCUAUCAGUGCAACAGUGGCUAUUACUUAUUGGGAGACUCAAGGAUGCUUUGUACAGACAGCGGAAGCUGGAGUGUCAUUUCACCAUCUUGCCUUGAUGUUGAUGAAUGUGCAGUUGGCUCGGACUGUGACUCACAUGCCUCCUGCCUUAACACAAAUGGGUCCUACAUAUGCACCUGCAUUCACCCUUAUACUGGAGAUGGCAAGAAAUGUGCAGAACCAGUAAAAUGCAAACGCCCAGGAGAUCCUGAACAUGGCCAUUCGCAUGGUGUAAACUACAGUGUUGGUAGUGAAAUCAGUUUCUCAUGUGAUAAGGGCUACCAGCUGAAAGGAGUGAAUAAAGUUACUUGUUUAGAGUUGGGAGAAUGGAAUCACCUGAUACCAUACUGUGAAGCUGUUUCCUGUGGCACACCAGUUGUUCCAGAAAAUGGUGGCAUCACUGGCUCAAAUUUUACUUAUGGUAGCAAAAUAAUCUACAGGUGCAAUAAAGGAUACAUUUUAGUAGGUGAAGAAGAAACAGUGUGUCUUGCCAGUGGCACAUGGAAUCAUUCUUCUCCAUUGUGUGAAUUAGUAAAAUGUCCCCUCCCAAAGGAAAUAAGCAAUGGAAAAUAUAUAAUGAGUGGCGUGACGUACCUUUCUAAUAUAUCAUACAUCUGUGACAUAGGCUAUAGUCUUCAAGGAGCUUCCAUACUUGUGUGUGAAGAUUCGGCUAACUGGAGCAGCUUCCCUCCAGACUGUGAAAUUGUUUCUUGUGGUCUGCCUCCUGUUAUUAAAGAUGCUGUUGUUACUGGAAGCAACUUUACCUUUGGAAACACCAUCACCUAUAUGUGUAAGGAAGGCUACACAUUAAUUGGCCCUGAAACUGUGGAAUGCUUGGCAAAUGGCAAAUGGAGCAUGAAUCACCAGCAGUGUGUUGCUGUUUCCUGUGAUGAACCACCCCCUGUGGAACAUGCUUCUCCGGAGAGUGGCCAUCGGCUCUUUGGUGAUGUAGCUAUCUACUACUGUUCUGAUGGGUACAGUUUAUCUGGCAAUUCCCAGUUACUAUGUAAUGCCCUGGGGAAAUGGGUGCCCCCAGCUGGCAAACACAUUCCAGAAUGCAUAGCUGACUUCUGUGAGAGACCAGUGUCUGUGUCAUACAGCAUCUUGGAAGCAUCAAACAAGGCCAGAUUUGUAGCUGGAUCAGUUGUGAGCUUCAAGUGCAUGGAGGGCUUUGUCUUGAACACUUCUGCUAGGAUUGAAUGUGUCCGGGGAGGCCAGUGGAAACCUUCCCCAUCGACUAUACAGUGUAUUCCUGUUCGCUGUGGAGAACCACCAAGCAUUAGAAAUGGCUAUGCGAUUGGCACAAAUUACAGCUUUGGGGCAAUUGUGGCUUACAGCUGCGAUAAGGGAUACUAUAUUAAAGGAGAAAAGAAGAGGACAUGUGAAGCAACAGGAACUUGGAGUGAUACUAUGCCUACUUGUCAUCCAGUGUCCUGUGGAGAACCACCCAAACUUGCAAAUGGAGUUAUUGAGGUUGCAACAGGACGUUUCUUUGGGAGUGAAGUGAGAUAUCGGUGCAAUGCUGGUUACCAGCUGAAUGGAAGUUCAACAUUCUUUUGCCAAGCCAACCGCCAGUGGCAUAGUGAAGCACCUCCCUCCUGCCUGCUCCUCAGCUGUGGAAAACCACCUCCUCUCCAGCAUGGAUUUAGCAAGGGAGAGAGUUUUAAAGUGGGAGCCAAGGUCAGGUUUUCUUGUGAGGAAGGCUAUGUGCUGAUAGGAGAUGACUCCUGGACAUGUCAGAACUCUGGAAUGUGGACCAAAAAACAAAACCCCAAAUGCGUCCCAACAAAGUGCUCAGAGCCACCGUUAAUUGAGAAUCAACUUGUCAUGAAGGAGAUGGCUGAACAAGUAGGUGUGGUGCAGUUUUCCUGCAAAGAGGGCUUCGUUUUGCAUGGUGCCUCUGUACUUAAAUGUUUGACUUCACAACAGUGGAAUGAUUCUUUCCCCGUCUGCCAAGUGGUACUGUGCCAUAGGCCUCCUUACAUUCCAUUUGGGGAUCCUGUGGUGUCUUCUCUCCAUUUUGGCAGCAGAGUGAGCUACAUGUGCAUGGAUGGAUUUUUGCUGAAGGGAAUUUCUACCAUCAGUUGCCAAGCAGAUGGUACAUGGAGUUUCCCGCUGCCAGAAUGUAUUCCGGUGGAGUGCCCGCAGCCAGAGGAAGUUCAGAAUGGCAUUGUAGAUGUGCAAGGCCUUACCUACCUCAGCACUGCACUAUAUAAUUGUAAACCAGGCUUUGAGUUAGUGGGAAACAUGACAAUUCUUUGUGGAGAGGAUGGCCAUUGGCUUGGAAGGAAGCCUGUUUGCAAGCCUAUUGAGUGUUCCAAGCCCAAGGACAUUCAGAAUGGCCAAUAUUCGUAUGUUGACCUGCACUACAGACAGACCGUUACCUACUCAUGUGACAGAGGAUUCCAGCUUGAAGGGAAGAGUGUCAUGAGCUGCUUAGAAACAAGGGAGUGGGAUGCAGAAGUUCCAUCUUGUAGAGCUAUCAACUGUGAUCCUCCACAGCCCAUUGAGAAUGGCUUUGUAGAAGGUGCAGAUUACAGCUAUGGUGCCAUGGUAAUAUACAGCUGUAUCCCAGGGUUCCAGCUCUCAGGUCUUGCUAUGCAGACCUGUGAAGAAUCAGGAUGGUCUAGUGUUAGCCCAGUGUGCCUCCCAACAGAUUGUGGCCUUCCUCCCCAUAUAGACUUUGGCGGAUAUGUAACUAUUAGCAGCGAUGAAAAGCUUUUUGACCAUGAAAGAAUGUUAGAAGAGGGGUUCCAUACUGCUAGCCCACCUCUUUACUCUCUAAUACUUGAUAACCAAAAAGACAUGCAAAGUUCUUCAAAGGCCGUUAAUACUCUGCCAUUCUCAGGCUACUUAUAUGGGACUACAGUAUUGUAUAGUUGCUACCCUGGCUAUGAACUCUUGGGGAAUUCCAAGCUAGCUUGCCAAGAGGAUGGAAUAUGGAAUGGCAGUGCUCCUAUAUGCAUUUCCAUACAGUGUGAAUUUCUAUCACCUCCAGAAAAUGGCUUUGUACAUUUCAGUGAGAACACCCUUGGUAGUUCAGUGAAGUAUACCUGUAAACUAGGGUACAUGCUGAUUGGCUCAGACACAAGGCAUUGUAUGUCCAACAGGCAAUGGAGUAAUACAGCACCAACCUGUGAGAUAGUUUCAUGCACAGUGCCUAGCAGGCCCAUGAAUGGCACAGUAAAAGGGGAAGCUUAUACUUAUGGGAGUGUGAUCCAAUACGAUUGUGACCCUGGGUUUCAGUUAAAUGGUUCAGAUAAGAGAACAUGCCAAGCUGAUCAAAAGUGGGAUGGAAAUGAGCCAAUCUGCAUUCCCAUUUCCUGUGGCCAAAUCCUCAAUUUAGAGAAUGGCCAAGUGAUAGGAGAAGAAUAUACGUUCCAAAAAUAUAUUGAGUACAGCUGUGAAGAAGGUUUCCUGCUGGAAGGGGACCAGAAGAGAGUCUGUCUUGCAGAUGGAAGCUGGAGUGGGAGCUCUCCGCUUUGCAGAAUGAUCCAGUGUGCUGCCCCACUGACGAUGCUUCAUGGGCAAAUUGCCGGGUCAGAAUUUGGCUUUGGGAAGAGAAUCGAGUAUCACUGUGAUGAAGGGUACAUCCUGCGUGGUACAUCUGUACUUAUCUGUCAGGCUAAUGGUAACUGGGAUAGAGAAGCUCCAUUCUGUGAGCCUGUCAACUGUGGGCCUCCUGAUGACAUCUCUCAUGGCUUUCUGAACGGUUCAGCCUUCAGUUAUGGGAAAUAUACAGAGUAUGUCUGCUUCCCUGGUUAUGAGUUACAGGGAAACCCAAUGAGGCAGUGUAUGUCUAAUGGUCUGUGGAGUGGAAGAACCCCCUCUUGCCUCCCUUGUGAAUGCCCUGUGCCAGUGAUAAAGAAUGGGGUAGUUAAAGGUAACAAUUUUGGAUGCGGUAAAAGCGCAGAGUUCCUGUGCCUGGAAGGUUUCAAACUGCUAGGACCUACAGAAAUCACCUGUGAAGGUGCCGGCAGAUGGAGCUCUGGAUUUCCACACUGUGGGCAGAUCUCAUGCGGCUCUCCACCAGCAAUCCCCAAUGCAUUCAUCAAUGGGAGCAGCUCUGUGGACCAGAAUACCAUAAUUUAUCAUUGCGAACAGGGCUAUGUGAUACAAGGGAGCUCAGAAUUGACAUGUACAGACAAAGGAGUCUGGAGCAAGCCAUAUCCAAGCUGCACCUUACUGACUUGUGGACCACCACCGUCUGUGCUUCAUGCAGUUGCAGUUGGAGAGUCACAAGCUUAUGGGAGUAAAGUCCAGUACAGAUGUCUGGAGGGUUACAUGAUGGAGACAGAAAUGGAUACAUGUACCUGUCAGGAAGAUGGACACUGGUCUUCUAAUAGUAUUUCCUGUUGCCUCAGAAAAUGCCCCCUGCCCACAAAUAUAACCAAUGUAAUUAUUUCUGGCAAUGAAUUCACUGUGAAUAAGAGCAUAGCCUUAUCAUGUCAAGAAGGGUAUCUUUUGAUUGGAAAAAGCAUUUCCACAUGCCAGAAUAAUGGUAACUGGAUGCCAUUAUUUUCAAGUGAUAUCUGUGCACCUGUGUCCUGUGGAGAGCCUGAAGCUCCAGAAUAUGGAAUAACAAUUGGCAACAGAUACAGUUACAGAGACAAGGUCCUUUAUAAAUGCAGUUCUGGUUAUGAGCUGGAAGGUGAUGCAGAACGUAUUUGUCAAGCAGAUGAACUCUGGAGUGGAGCAACACCAGUAUGCAGAAAGAUAUCCUGUGGCCCUCCCGAAGUGGUAGAUAAUGGAUCUGUUAUCAGCAAAGAUUUUUUGUUUGGAGAUGAAGUUCUGUACAAUUGUGAUCCAGGAUAUGAGUUACAAGGGCCAGCUCGAAGGAUCUGCCACGUUAACAAGAAGUGGAGCCCCUCAGCCCCUGCAUGUGUGAGCAUAAUAUGUGAACCACCUCCAACAGUGGAAAAUGCAUUGUCUAUAGUCGCAGAAAAUACAUAUAGAAGUAAUGUAUCAUUUGUAUGCAAUUUUGGAUAUCACCUGCUUGGACCUGAGAAUAUCACCUGCUUGGCCAAUGGAUCCUGGAGUAAACCCCUCCCAUCCUGUGAAGAAACCAGAUGUGAAAAUCCAGAAUUUAUUGAGAAUGGGAACGCUCUCUAUGGAAACAACACUGUCGGCAGCAGGGCUGCAUAUUAUUGCAACCGAGGUUACAGCUUGGAAGGGGAGCCUAUUGCAGAGUGCACAGAAGCUGGAACAUGGAGCCACCCCAUACCUCUGUGUAAACCAAAUCCAUGCCCUAUGCCUUUUAUCAUCCCAGAAAAUGCUCUCUUAUCAGAGACAACUUUUUAUGUUGGGCAAAAAGUCUUUAUAAAAUGCAGACAGGGCUAUCAACUUCGAGGGCAAUCUGUCAUUACCUGUAAUUCUGAUGAGGCAUGGACUCCAACUAGAGCUAAAUGUGAAAAGAUAUCUUGUGGGCCACCUCCUCAUGUAGAAAAUGCUUUGGUCCGUGGAACAUUUUAUCAAUAUGGAGACGUGGUGACCUACUCGUGCUAUAGCGGGUACAUGCUGGAGGGCUCCCUUAGAAGUGUUUGUUUAGAGAAUGCAACCUGGACGACACCACCAGCUUGCAAAGCUAUUUGUCGGUUCCCAUGCCAGAAUGGAGGCAUCUGUGAGCAACCAAAUGUGUGCUCUUGCCCAGAGGGUUGGAUGGGGCGUCUCUGUGAAGAGCCAAUCUGUAUCCUGCAUUGUCUGAAUGGAGGUCGCUGUGUAGCUCCAUACAGGUGUGAUUGCCCAGCAGGAUGGACUGGAUCACGAUGCCAUCAGGCUGUCUGUCAAUCUCCAUGCUUAAAUGGUGGGAAAUGCAUACGACCAAAUCGGUGCCACUGCACUUCACCUUGGACUGGACAUGACUGCUCUAGGAAAAGGAAAACUGGAUCCCACCACUUUUAACAUUAGAGCAACCACUAUGAACAUUCCAGUUCUGAUCCAGUGAGCCCUGGUAGUACAGCCAUUGUAAAAAAUUAUGUGUUUGAGUUUUUUUUAAUUUUGUAUUAUAUUUUCUUAUAUUUUUUAUAUUUUGAAAGGAAUCACCUUUUUCACAUGCAGAAGUAUUAUCAUUUAUGCUGUAUAUGCUGCUGUCAAUGCACACAAAUGUACAAACAGUGUUAUCCCAAGAAACUUGCAGUAGUAUUAAUUGUUGCAAAUCUUUGAGCAUACUUUGUGCUCCAUUGUUCCCUCCCCUUCCAAAUAAAAGUUUCAAAAAUAGUUUUUCAUAUAGUAUUGGAAGGCUACUAUUUGAAAGAGACAAGCCUACCACCACCCCUUGGCAGCAUAGAAUGAAUUAUACCAGUCUUUGAGACUUGAUCAUAAUGAUAAUAAAUAGGAGACCUAAUUUUGUAUAUGCACCAUUGGAUGGAUACAGAUUUCCGUACAUAGGAGGGCUGCCCCCAAGGGAAAGUGGACUGAUAAUAGGGAACUCCUGUGAGAGGGAAGGUGGUGGUAGGGAACUGAAGUGUCUUGUAGUUUUUUUAAAUAUAUAUAUAUAUAUAUAUAUAUAUAUAUAUAUAUAUAUUAUUAAAGCAGUUGUACUGUGAAGCAGGCCCUCUCAAUGGUCCAGAGAAACCUGGGACACUUUCAACGUUUGAGGCCCUGGCCAUAAUAAAAAUAAAAAAUGGCAACACAUGAAAACAAAAUAGGGCACAAAAAAAGAGAGUGACUGGUUUGUUUGUAUAAUCAGCUGAUAUGAAAGGACAUGUUCAUCAGGGUCUAAUUGUGUGCCAUCAGAACCUAUAUGUUUUUAUUAAUAUUUAUGAACAUUUUAAACUCUUUGAUAUGACAAAAUCUAUACCAGUUCUAAGUUGAAAAAGUGUCAUAUUGUGGUCCAGUGUAAAUAAAAAGCAAAUUGCAAAACUUAUCAAAUGCCAAAAAAUUAACAAGUGUCUAAAUUUGAGCCCCCCUUUGAGCUUGAGGCCCAAGCCAAAUGAGCCUCCUAAUGUGAUUAGUCCUGCUGUGAAGUGACACCUGGUUAUUUUACUGUAGAUGUAUUGCUUAUAUAUUUAAAACGCACAAUGUUCUUUUCGGGUUUGGUUGCUAUUGAGUUCAAAAUUAAAUAAGCAAAACAGUAGUUGCCCUUUUCAUAAAACAAAUGGAAAUCAGGCUUCUUAUUUGCCUAUUACUAGUUUGCAGUUCACCCUCCCCACCUGAGUGAGGGAAAUAGUUUUCCAUUUCCACUCAGAGCUAGUAACUAGUAGGCAGUUGCCCUGGGUCAAAAUGGGAUACUUCUUUUCCAAGUGCUACUGCUUAAUAUAUUUAUCUCUGAAAGUGUGUUUACUGUUACGUCCCAGUUCAAAUUAUCUUAACAGUUACCCUAGUGAUCCAAAACAAUACAAAGGACUUGUGGUUAAGUACUGUAACAGUCAUUACCAGAGAGCUCAACCACAAAGAUUUAGUCACUGCUAAAAUUAAAAGAUGAUCAGGAACAAAGAGGGAAGGACAGCGUUUCUACUAGUGCUAAUUCUGCUGUAUAUAUAUAUUACUAUAUCACUACUUUCCAGCCUGAAUGUUUUCCAUAUAACAAUGGGAGCUUCUUUUACACUACCCCCUCUCUACAAAAUCUCUACAUUUACUUAUUCUGGAGAAUUUAGACACAUAACUCCCAGACCAUUGUAUUACAAUGUAUUCUCUACAGGCCUGUAAUUCCCCACCCCCAAGUGCUCAUUUGUGGCAAUUUAUUUUUGGCUUCAAAAAUCAUUGCAGCUUACUCCUUGGAUGUAAAGGUGGGGGGAGCAUUGCUAACUUCCCUUCUGCAGAGGAGUAUUCCAUGACACAUAGACUGAUGUGACUGGUAACUUUUCCUUUCCCACACUUUUCUGCUUCUAUGGCUGCAUGUACACUACACAUUUAAAGCACAUCCCCCCCCCAAUAAUCCUGGGCACUGUAGUCUAUUCUUCACAGAGCUAUAGUUCCCAGCACCCUGAACAAACUACAGUUCCUAGGAUUUGGCGCGCGCAUGUGUGUGUAUGUAUGUGUGGUUUGAACGUGUUUUAAAUUGUGUAUGCAGACCCAUAUUGCAUUGCUUGCUCAUACUUCUGCCAUUAGCUUUUACACAACACAACUUACCCUGCCAUCAGUAUUUGCAGUUAGGAUUCAAAGACUCACAGCAGCACAGCACAAAAAUAAUUAAUUAUUUAUAAACAUCUUAAAGCAUAGUUGUCCAUAAGUGACAAACUUUUAUGGUGGUGGUCAACUGCUGCUUUUGUAAGUUUCUUUGGAAAAGUGUGGGUGGGAACAAUGGCUGCAUACAUUAAAGAGUUUUUAGGAGGUUUGUAUUAGGGCUAUGCAUAAUCUAUGUUAAAUAAAAUGAUCAGAUUGUGAAUCUGCCCAUGUUUCUGUUUUUUAAAAAACUUUUGCAGAGCUUCACUACAAAUGUUAACAGAUGGAUGUGAAAAAGGGGGAUGAGAUUAUUGCCCAUCUGUAAUGUACUAGAAAUACUCACCAGCACUGUGCUACCCACUUAAAUAUUUGUAGUGUGGACAGAUGCGGAUGUUAGCAGAGAAAAUAGCUCAGUGUCUGGAACCACAGUUAUAAUUCCACUUCCACCUGACUAGCUAGUACUAAAAGGCUGUAACAUGGAAGCGCCGAGUGUGUCUGAUAUAGCUUUUAGUAAGCUACAUUCCAAAAGAGAAGGAAAUAAUUGUUGUCAUGUAUAAUCUCACUGUUCAUUAAUCCACAGCCCUUUCUGGACACAGGCAGGCUCUCCCUCUCAUGCAUAUGCUCACACACAUACAGGGAUUUUAUUUUUAGGAUUUUGCAAGAGAAAUGGCUAUUUAAAAGAAAAAGACAACGCACUGUAAUCCUUUUACCUAGAAACUUUAAAAAUUAAGAUUAUAAGAUGACAAAAGAAUAAAAAUGUAUUUCUAAGAUACAUUUACUGCUAUCUAGUUUUGAGCAGAAAGCAAAAUAUUAGUCUCAGCUGCUAAGAGAGAGCUAUUUGUUUAUUAUAAUAACAGCUAUUUGUUUGUUAUAAUAACAGCAUUGUGAAUAAACUAUACACAAGUCCAGUAAAGUUAGUUUUGCACAGUUUUUUAAAAAGUUAUCUGCUCCUGUUAUGGCAGCAGCAGGCAACAAUCUCCAGAACAUAAUGCAUGUGGAAACUGAGAUGCACACAACCUAAUUCACACUGUGCUGGAAAACACAUCACUAACACUAAUGAUAAGCUUAUCUUCAUUCAGUGACUUUUAACAGGGCUUACAAUUCUGCAAGACUUACAGUGUGAUACAUGCAGAGCUUGGAAGAUUACUUUUAAAAAGGAAUAAAUUACAAUUACUGUUACAUGGCCCCAAAAAGGAAUAAAUUACCAUUACAAUUGUUCUGAAAGGAAUUGAUUAAUUUACCAUUACUCAAAAGUAGUCACACAAUUACACUUAAGUUACUUUUUUUUAAAAAUAGAGUGCCUACAAGGUGCUGGCAUUGUCUGCUGCACACCUAAGAUGCCUAAAACAACAUUAAAAAUACACACACAGAGAGGUAGUAGAAUAAUUAUUUUUAUCUAUAAGACAGCUGUGGUGGUCUCUCCGCUGGUAAGGGAGGUGGGGAGGGAGGCAGAGGCCACUACUCAGAUCUUUGCACGUCAAACCAAGUGCAACCCCCCCUCAGCCAGCAAGCAUAAUCUCUCUCACUUAACCACCUCCCAGACCCUGCCCUGCCACCAACUAAGGGUCACCCACCUAAGCAAACAUUUUCCCCUAAGAUGCAAAAAUGUUUAAACACUGCAAAUCCAGCAACGUAGCCAGGGAGGGUGGCAGAGGCCGCUUUGCGUGCCAAGUGCAAAGACAGUACACACGUACACACACACACAGUUCUUUAUCUCCAUUCUGCUGCUGCUUCCUUCUCCUUUAUCCAUGUUCUUGCCCUCUGGCUCCUUUUUCCUUACACUCCAUUCGUCUCCACCACCAUCCAAUUGUUAAAGUAAACAAUUGUUUUCUCCACACCACCCGUCUCGCUCUCCACCUCUUCCCUCGUCACCUCCUACCCACCCACAGAGCAUGAGGGAAGAGUGACACUGCACAGAAGCCCAGUUUGAGGCACAUGAUUUUCAUCCACAAAUCAGAGGAGCAGAAGACUUCCCCUGCUCCCUCCCCCCAGUAAUGCCCCCAAAUAAUGCUGGAAACAUUAUAAUUACUCCUCAAAAGAAAUAAAAUUACUCCUCGUUCUAUUACAAUCAAAAUGUAAAGGAAUUACCUGCUCUUUCCUCAAAAAAGUAAUGCAUUACAAGUAAUUCGUUUUUUGUAACUUAUUACUUCCAUGCUCUGGAUACAUGCAGGCCAAACCCUAUGCAUGUUUAUUCAGAAGUAAGUCCCACUGAGUUCAAUGAGGAGUUUCAUCCAAGUGAGUGUAUAUAAGAUUUCCACCUUAGAAAACAGUCAUGAAAUAGGUAGAAUAGGAAAUUAAAACUGUUGUUUCUUCACUUGCUGUAAAAUUGCCCUGUUUUCUAUUGUGUUCAAGUAUUCUGUGUGUUUUUUAUCUUGAUGACAUCCUGAAUCAUACCUUCCCCUAAAAAGGGUGUAUUGUGAGAGCUAAAACACUUUUUAUCUGGGAUGUGGGGGCAGGGCUGGCACCAGGCAUGACUGGGCCCUUGAGCACCAGCCUGCCCUGGGCCUACAGCACCUGCCCGCACCUACCUUUCCCGUUGGGGUGAAUGCUGCUGCGCUGUGCGCAUGCCUGACAUCAACCAAGAUGGCGAUUGAGGCUUCCCUAAGGGGCUGAUGCCUCCGCUGCCAUCGUGGUUGAUGGCACUCAUGUGCACAGUGCAGCCAGCAUUCACCCCAAUGGGAGAGGUUGGUGGGGCUUGCAGGCAGGCGUUGCAGGCCUGCACAGUUGUGGGGGGGUGCCUGGGAGCUCCUUUCUGUGAUCCGCAGCAGCGUUGGGAGCUGACACGGAUCACGGAAAGGGACUGCUACCCACCCACCCUAAGGAGGAGCCCUGCAGGGGUCCUUGGCCAGGGCCCAACCUGGCCACCCUCUGGCACCAGCCCUGUUGGGGAAUAUUGGAGAGGGAUAAUAAAGCCUGGCCUAUUUUUUAGUUCUAGUGGCUCAUACAUUUUCCAGUCUAUAUGGUGAACAAACAGGGUUCAAAAGUUAAUGACUCCAAAAGAACCCUUAAGAACAGCACUGCUGGUAUGAUGUAGUGCCUAGAGGUAAAAGGCCGGAUGGUAAAAUUAGAUGUUUGCCAUACUAAAUUCUCAGAUGAAUUCCCUUUUUAAAAACAAAAACAAAAAAAACUUUUUAAAU